AUGGGCUUCCUAGGGGCAGCAGCAGCCCGGGGGCUCCUAGAUUAUAAGACAGAGAAGUAUGUCAUGACCAGGAACUGGAAGGUGGGCAUCUUACAGAGACUGCUGCAACUCGGAGUGGUGGCCUAUGUGGUGGGGUGGGCCCUCAUUGUGAAGAAAGGCUACCAGGAGCGAGACUUGGACCCCCAUGUUUCUGUCAUCACCAAACUCAAAGGGGUUUCUGUGACACAGAUCAAAGAGCUGGAGAACCGGCUUUGGGAUGUAGCUGACUUUGUGAAGCCACCACAGGGAGAGAAUGUGUUCUUCUUGGUGACCAAUCUUCUUGUGACGCCGGCUCAAGUUCAAGGCAGAUGCCCAGAGCACCCCUCUGUCCCACUGGCUAACUGCUGGGCCCAAGAGGACUGCCCUGAAGGGGAGAUGGGGACGCACAGCCAUGGCAUAAAAACAGGUCAGUGUGUGGUAUUCAAUGAGACCCAUAGUACGUGUGAGAUCUGGAGUUGGUGCCCAGUGGAGAGCAGAGCUGUGCCCAUGAAGCCUCUUCUGAUCCAGGCCAAGAACUUUACGCUGUUCAUCAAAAAUACUGUCACCUUCAGCAAGUUCAACUUUUCCAAGACCAAUGCAUUAGACACCUGGGACACCACCUAUUUCAAGCACUGUCGCUACGAUCCACACUCCAGCCCCUACUGCCCUGUGUUCCGCAUUGGGGACCUUGUGGCUGCAGCUGGAGCCAACUUCGAUGACUUGGCAUUGUUGGGUGGCGCUGUAGGCAUCACAGUCCACUGGGAUUGUAACCUGGACAUCGGAGGCACCGACUGCUGGCCUCGCUACUCUUUCCAGCUGCAAGAGAGAGGCUACAACUUCAGGACAUCCAAUCACUGGUGGGAGGCCUCAGGUGUGGAGACCCGGAGUCUGCUCAAGCUCUAUGGAAUCCGCUUUGACAUCCUUGUCACUGGUCAGGCAGGGAAGUUUGGGCUGAUCCCCACAGCCAUCACAGUGGGUACGGGAGCAGCCUUGCUGGGUGUGGUCACCUUCCUCUGUGACCUGCUCUUGCUAUAUGUGGAUAGAGAAGCCCAUUUCUACUGGAGGACGAAGUAUGAGGAAGCAAAAGCGCCUAAAGCAAAUGGCAUUCCUGCACAGAAGAAGCCAGCUUUCCCACCCACAAGCCCCGAUGCCCAGCUGCCUUAGAUGGU